GCUGUCUUCAAGUGAGGUGUGCCGUCGAUAUGAUGCUGAUGUGACUGGGCACUCGAGUUUUUGUUGACUUUAAGGAGAAACUGACGAUACUUAACUGAAACAGGGCCACCUGGAAUACCCACACUGCAUGAUAUUCUGAAAUAUCAACAUGGGGUGCCACUGGACUUGAGAGAUCAUCGAUAUGUGCGAAGAAUAUCGUCGCCUCCAACGCACAAGCAAUUCACCAAUUCCAAGUCCGGCCAUUCGAAUCUUGCCUCGGUUACUCCAGACUAGCCUCUAGCAGAAGUAACAUUCAGUCAAGAACACACUAUGGUGAUAAAUUAACACUGCGGUGAUAAAUUGGUAUGGUGAUAAAUUAACACUGCGCAGUACAAGAAAUUUCCCCCACAGUAGAUAUUUUAAGGAAUACAAACUUGACAUAAAAAUCUAAGAUGCCGCCCGGUAGCAGGGAAGACUGCCAUCUGUGUCACAUUCACGACCACAAUCACCCAUCGACGUUGCUACGCACAUCCACACUACGCGACCCAUCACCUCCUCCACGACCACGGCGUCAUUCGAGGAGUGGUUCUAUGGACAGAGAUUAUCACCACCAUGACCGUCAUCACCACCAUCACCACCACCAUGAUCGAGAACGUCGUCACAGUAGAUCAGGCAGAGUCCCGAGUGCGUUGGCUCGUCUAUCGGAGCACAACUCUCACUCUCUUCCAGCGAGCAGAAGCAACACUCUAAACCUCUACCCCGAGCAAGUGUCGGUGUUGCCAGACGGUGGCCACAGGUUCAUAGGAGGAGACAGGGUCAGCGUGAGAUCUCUGGAGCUGACUAGUCCACGACAUGCCCCGGAUAACCGUAGUCAUUUGUCACUGCAGCAAGGGGCCACGUUGCAGAAAACCUUACCUGACAACAUGGGGACCAUGGGAAGUGCUUACCUGCCACUGCGGUCCCACGGCGGCAGUCACUUGAGUCUGCAACAAGGCACGGUAAUUCCAACCGUACAAGACAGAGCUCAGGACUACUACCUCCAGGUCAACCGGUUGCCGUUCAAAGAAGACAGCAGGAAACACAGGUUCAACUUACAGACGGUUCUUCUCAUUGGGUGCUAUACGCUAUUGUUCGUGAUGGCCAUAAUCAUCGGGUUGGUGCUGUGCCAUCAGAACGGUUGGCUUGGUUUCGGCAGCCCGGACGCCUCCAUUGCUGAGGUGGUAGAAGUUUCAGGAGAUGCAAGAAACGCAGCUGGAAGUUCUAUCCGCAGACCCAACCUAGACAACGGACGACUCACUAAUCUGAACCCUGAGCAGGAACCGUCAAACAAGCUUCAACAUCUCACGGAAAUCUCUGGAAAACCAGUGCCGGUACACAACGUUGUCAAAGUACGCAAGCCCGAGUCCAACGACGCGAUAUCCUCACCGGGUGGAAGACCUCGCAGCAUCUCUGGCGCAAGUAAUAAUCAGAAUGAGAAUCGAUCGGUCCAACCCAUCCCUGGAAAUCGCCCAAUUCAGAGAGCUCCAGAGAACAACAAGAAUACAGGGGAUACCAUUACAGCAGGCAGGAAUUUGCAACCUAUUCUUGGUGACCAAAGUCAUGUGACCGGUAAGAUGUCCGAUCAAAUAAUAGCAGAGAAUCGCCCAUCUAGUCAAUUUUCUAAUGACAGACAAAAUCCAGUUAUCGUUCAGCCAUCUCAUAAAAUGAAGCCUAAUUUAAUGAACAACGAGCCAUCGCAGAUUGUACCUCAGCUCGGAAAUAACGCUCCAGUCGAUGUCAGUCAGAACCUUCAAACCGGGAACGGCCCGCCAUUUAAUGCCAACAACAUUCCUACAAACAUCCAGCACGCAAUAAGCUCGGACAUGCAAAACUUUCCAGUUAACUCACAUGGGGGUGCAACCUUUAACAAUUUUAAUUCAAAUUCGCAAGCAAGUGUUGGCCAAAACGGAAACAAUUUUCACUCGAACUCUCAAACCACAGGAGUGAUCGGUAGUAAUAUUCCAGUGCAUCCACAAACGUCAAUUAGCUCGAAUGGAAAUACUAUUGUAGCCGACUUCAGUGGAGGCCAGAACGACUUCCCUCCUCCAAUUCCAGCAGGGCAUGUCAUCGUCAGCAACACACCGGUGCAAAUUUUGCCACCAACUGCCAAUAAUUUCCAGCAGAAUACUCAGACACCGAACGUCCCCAGCUCUGGAAAAACAUUUGUAAACGAACAAAUUCAAACUCAGGCAGUGGAUUCGCCGUCAAAAAAGCAACCUCUUCGAAUAAUCUUGAAUGCGGGACAUGUCGGGUUUCAAAACGGAGCUGGAAGUUUUGCCAACACAAACCAACAGAAUGGUUUUGCGGGGUUUACCAACCCCAACGGCGAUCAAGCGUUGCAGAAUAGUAACAGUCAGUCUAAUGACGCUUCACUAAACUUUCAACUUGCCGCUGCUGUGAUCAAUGGUCAUCAGCAAGGAAUCUCCGGACAUCCACAGUUGAGCCCCAAUACAUUUCAAGGAACUGACUCGAGUAUUUCAAAUGCGCAUCAUACAGUGAAUCAGUUCAAUCCUGGUUUUACGACAUCGGAAAAUAAUCAGGACUCAAGAUUCUUGCAAAACGUUCCUCCCCAAACGCAGCCCAGUCAAUUCAAUACUUUCGUAACAGCUCCAAAGAUAUCAACCCCCACCAUCAGCACAGCACCUCAACCAGCCAGUGCAAAUUCACAGCAUCCUAUCCACAACCAGCCAAAUUUCGUUCAUAUAGUGGCACCAUCCGGAAAUUCAGGAGCGCCAAGUUCGACGAACGACCCAAGGGUUCUUCCACACGGAGUUCCUCUCAAGCUUCAGCCAGUGUCCACCACAAUGUUACACGCGCCACAUUCUCCAACUAUCCAUUCUCAAUUAUCAACUGUUCCUUUAUCAGUGCAUUCUGGCUCGUUAAACGUUGUUACACCGGUUCAAAGCACACACAUGGCGUCUGGAAAUUUAGGAAUUCAGUCAGUCCCGCAGUCCGGUAUUCUUGGUCAACAAUCUCGAGAACACACACAAGGGCCAUUAGUUCUUCACACCGGUAAUCCCGACGACCGAUUUAACAAUGCUAAAAAGACGCCUGACACUGGAAUUGAAUUCAAUGAUAUUCAUAUGGAGAAAAUGAAAAUAUUGAAAGAAAUACUAGAUGCUGAGGGUAGUGGUAAGCUCCUGCAAGACUUAAUAACGCUCAAGAAUAAUCAAAAUUCUCUAAACGAACUCAGUGAGCAGCUCUCGGAAACAACUGCCAAUCGGCGACCAUCACCAUCUUCGACAGAACCGAAACAGAACUUGGGCAAGACAGUUCUCCCAGUUGCCUUGCAUUCCGGAAGCUCUCAAGAUAUUUCGGGUAGAAUUCCACAGUCAGCCACAUCCCAAGAACCGAUAAAUCAGGCGUCACCAAGACGUCCACAAAGACCUAGGCAACCACAACCAACAACUCCGAGAAUUCCGGCAAAUUUGACACCUAACGAAUCGCAGGAAAAGAAGAGGAAUAAUAUUCAGGUGGUGCGUGAGCUGCUAGCAUCGCUCAUCAGUUCUCCGGAGGUUCAGGAAAUAUUGAGCACCAGGAACAGACAAGGCAAACAAGCUGGUUUGAAGCAGGAUGAGGGUGAAACAGAAGUCGGCAAGAAUUCAGUUAAUGGAGAGGCAAUGCGUAAUUUACUUAUACAGGCUUUGGCUAAAGAGAUUCCUUUGCGACAACGCAAGGCAGACCCAAAACCACCGAGUAGUUCAAAUGUCCCCAAAGUCGGAACAAAAAAAGAAAAAGACGACAAAUCACCUAUGCGAGCCGACAAGGACGACCAACCAACGCGCACAAUCACGAGAGCACAACAGUUGGCUCAUUUCAGUACAGGAAGCCCAGGUCGUGUUCUAAACAAACGAGUCGGGAGAACUGACUCAGUUCAGAGUUCCCGCGAGCACCAAAGCGUGCGGCCACCCAGAUCACAAUCGUCUAGAGGCAGGCCCAUGCAAAUCUCGGGUAGCCGAAGCACACAAGUCGAUCAAACCUUGAAGACUAAUAGGGAAAAAGCAAAGUCCAUUAGCAAGACAGCAGGAACUGCUGCAGAAACGACAUCUGACGGAGUUGUUCGGCACUGGCGGACGAUGGACCAACACGGCACUAUGUCCCAGGGCACAGUUCGAAGUGACGGGUCUUUUGCUUUUACCAAUUGUCGACCGGCGGAUAUGUGUAGAAAGAAGUAGAAAAGUGAAAUGAGUCUCUUCGUCAUGAAACAGGGAAGCCAUUGACAAAUUUUUCAUGACAAUUAGCGUGUAAGCAAAUUUGUAAUGAAGUGCAGUUUGUUUCAGGGGAGAGCUACAGUUGAUAAGGAAAACUCAUGAUUGAAUCCAACCAUGAGGAAAACUGAUCAUAAUUCUCCCAAUGCACGUUUUUAAACAAUUUAGUUAUUUACAAAAAACAUAUAGGAAUAAUACUAUAUUUAAAAGAGCAAUACAAAUUGCAAGAAUGAGCUAGACUUAUUCGGACAACUAAUCAUAUAGAAAGCAACACAAGUCAUGUCAGCAAGCGCCGAAUGGGGAACCUUUCUUGUCUUGAAUUUAGUAACGAGUUGUUCUGUCCCAUGAAGCUAUGGAGAUGCACGAAUUGUUUUCAAUUUUUUUAUGAUUUCGAUAUUUUUGUGACAAACUUGAUAUAGGAACACCCGUUCAUUAAGUCAUUGUUCCAAUAAAUGUUUGAAAUUCAAAGCGACAGGGAUUCCGAGUCAAAUCUCCACGAGAGAGUAAGAUAUCGUGUGCUCUCUUCAAGUGCCAAAUCAUUUAGUUUGUAAAUAUUUACACGAGUUCACUCUAAUAUAUUGUACAUAGCGUUAAGAAAAAUUUAUCACAAAUGAGAGGAUAAGAAUUCGAGUUUGAACAUAAAAUUAAAAAUAUUAUUACUGUUCAUUCUGUUCAUACAUAGCAAAAAGUUAAGAACGUAAGCAGAAAAAGACAUGAUAGUUUCGUUCAAUUCCUGAGCAGAAAUGAAACAAUAGUAAAUUGUUCGAAAAGUAAUACUAAAUUGGCAAUAGAGAGACUUAUAAUAUUCCCGCUUGUGUAAUGACGCAAGCAGUAAUUUUUCAACGUUUCUGUGGAGACGUUGAAAAAUAGUUGCUUUUGCUUCAGGGAAAUUGAACAGAUAUUGCAUUGAAAUUUUACCAAUUGAUUUAUUCUCUACGAAAUCGUUUAAACUUGAACUCGGGUAGAUGACAAAAUAUUUUUAACCAAUUAUAAUUAUAAUCUUGUAAAUUCAAAGUAAUAUAAGAAAUUGUAAACAUUUAUGCUUAGCUCUUGCCUUCACGUCUAUUAUAUUAUACAUUAACACAACCAGCUGCGCUACACUUUUUAGGAUACUAAGCAACUAGACAUAGUUAACUGUGUUGGAUUACAUAUCAUAAAGCUGGCGACAUGGUCAGCCGUAGAGAGAACACUUUUUAUAUCAACAUGAAGAUUAAUAUCACACUGGAUGCUACUCUGAGACACGUGUCUGUCAAUUAAUAAUCAGAAUAAAUAGAACAAGCUAUAGGUUGCCCUCGUUAGCUACACCAUAGAGCUGCUUACAUGGCAGAUACAGAAGCCAGAAAGAACGAUUAGUGGAGGAAAAGAACGUUGCAAAUUUUUAUUGGAAGUAAAAUUCAAAACUUUUUUAAUCAAUGCCAAUAAAUCACCAAUUCAAUCAAGUCUUUCCUUGACUAAAAAAGCUAGAGCAGAGAGCGUAAUAGUGACGUGGAGAUGCGUAGCAAGUGACUUCAAGAAGAGUCACUUUGAAUAUUUGUUUUUCUUAUAGAUAAUUCAUUGUAAAUACUAUUAAAUUGUAAAUUCAAGUCAUUGAUUGUAAAUUACAAGCUGUAUGCUAGCAGAGAAUGGAUUUAGAAUUGAACAAUACUCACUAAUUAAUAUACAAUUCAGUAGGCAAAUGUAAUUACUCAGUGCUAUGUGACUACGACGUGCAAUUGACUAGUGUAGAUUAAGUACUUGGUUCUUGCCAGCAAUAAAUGUAGUUCAUCCUCUUUUUAACAACUUUUCUUAUUGCCAAAUACAUAUAUUUUUGAA